GGCUCCCCAGCUAGGUCCCAGGGAGAAGCCAUCUCUGGAGGUACUUAGCCUAUUUCCUGUCACCAAGGAGAGGUCACCCUGAACCCCAUCCUCAGCACCUUGUCACCCUCAUGGCUGUCCCUGGGGACACCACUUGAUCCCUUCUCUCUUCCCAUGCCAGGCCAUUGGCUGUCCAUCAACUCUUCACAGGUAUUUACCUUCCUCUCCUACAGUAACAUGCAUGAAAGCCCUGACACGUCUGAGAGCUUGGGCAGCUGUGGUAUCCUUUAGGGUCCUGCCUCCCUCUCACUGAUGUAAUUUGCUGUGCUCACAGUGCUGCACAGAGAAAAGAGCCGUCACACAGCUGGGUGGGACGUGGGUUGGCCAGGCAGGAGCUGAAUCAGCCAUGUCUGGGGGAGACAGGGAAAGUGCAUGGGUAAAUUCAGGCCACUCUUGGUGGCCUUUAUCCCUCAUUCCUCCAUCGCCCAAGGACUUCAGAAGCAGAAGGGGAGCAGCCAGCAUUCCUCUGCCUUGCACACGCUCAGCCUCCUAUGCAACCUCAGCACAGUUCUGUCCAUACAACCCCAUCCUUCCCGCCUCACCCACCCACACCCUGAUGUCCCCUUCCACCUGCUGCAUCUCUGCAGGGUUCCUGCUUUCCUGCCGGAGUUGUGUCAUUCCCCAGGGCUCCCAGCCAGCCAAUGCCUUCUCACAUUUCUUGCCGGCCCCACCCCAAGAUGUCUCACCCUCUCUCACUGCUCCCUCUUCACAUAGCUUUGGGCAGCUACAAGAGGCAGGUUGCUGAGAGGGUAGGGGCUUUUCUCCAUGGUUCCCUGCUGUUUCUUUGUGGCUGUGCUGGCCCCUCUGGUGUUAGCCCUGGAACAGUCUCCAGACAUGGUGAUAAAAGAAGGCCAGUCCGUGAAUGUGGAAUGUUCCAAGAAGAAAUCUUCCAGCACAGCUAUGUACUGGUUCAUGCUGCCUGCAGAGAAGAAUUCCAGUCUGACCCUACUGGCUUCUGCAAUUGAAGGUGGCAACGCAGCAGUGGAGAAGGGUUUUGAGAGCCAUUUCAAGAGCAGCAAGAUAAAAGGAGACAGUAUCACCCUCUCAAUGGAACGUGCCUUUCUCAAUGACUCUGGCACAUACUACUGUGCUGAGGUGUUAGCUCUGGAACAGUCUCCAGACAUGGUGAUAAAAGAAGGCCAGUCCAUGAAUGUGGAAUGUUCCAAGAAGAAAUCCUCCAGCACAGCUAUGUACUGGUUCAUGCUGCCUGCAGAGAAGAAUUCCAGUCUGACCCUACUGGCUUCUGCAAUUGAAGGUGGCAACGCAGCAGUGGAGAAGGGUUUUGAGAGCCAUUUCAAGAGCAGCAAGAUAAAAGGAGACAGUAUCACCCUCUCAAUGGAACGUGCCUUUCUCAAUGACUCUGGCACAUACUACUGUGCUGAGGGUGAGCACAGUGGUGAGACUGCUGGGAGAUCUGAGCACAAACUUCUCCCUGCACAUACAGGAUCUGCUUUCCACCUCUUGAGUGCUGCACAAGGCAGGGUGAUCACUUCUCACUCAUUAGCUGCUCUGCUUCCUAGCCUUGCCUUCCUCCUCUUCUCAGUUGCUGCCAGUAUAUUUGUCUAUUUUUGUCUCCUUGCCAUUCCAGGUUUCCCUCUGCAUUUAGCUCUUACUUGCAGUACACUUACUCCUGUCAACCCUUCUUCCCCUCUCUGUCUCCCCUCUCCCCCCUUCUUUUUGUCUUCAAUCGGUACUCCACUGACUUCCUCUUAAUUAACGCCAGUACACCCUGCUCAUGACUCUCACUGUCAAACAUAACAAGGGCUUGUGUUUGAGGUUCUUGGUGCACCUGUAGAUAAUUGCAAGGCCAGGCAGAUGUUGAAGGAGUGAGUACCAUGUGGGAGGUGCCCACACUCUCCUCUGUUACAAGGACAUGGCUGUGGUUGUUCUGUGGCCAUGGAAUAUGUACAGCACAGCACAAGCCUUUGCUUGCUCCGGUCAAGGGUUAUGUGGAUCACUAAUUCCUCCAUGUAGAGUGGUCUCUGGGGCAGCAUCCACCUGCCUUCUACCCCUUCAUGCACAUGCAAUUCCUCUUCAGCCAACAUAUUAUACAACUUACAGGUUAUGUUAGCAAGCUGAGCGACUAAUAGAGAUUUCGAAGAGAUUGCAGUGUUCUGUUCAUCAGUGACUCCUAUGAAGGGGUAGAGCCUCUCCUCAUCAAGUUCACUGAUAACACCAAGUUGGGAAGAAUUGCUGAUAACAAAGAGGGCUGUGCAGCUCUUCACAGGGACCUCAACAGGCUGGAGAGAUGGGCAGAGGGCAACCUUCUGGAAUUCAGCAAAGGCAAAUGCUCAGUUGCACACCUGGGGAGGACUAACCCCAUGUAGCAACACGGGCUGGGGACUGACCCACUGGGAAGCAGCUCUUCAGAGAAGGACCUGGUGGACAAGAAGCUCCCCAUGAGCCAGAAGUGUGUCCUAGUGGCCAAGAAGGCAGUGGUGUCCUGGGGUGCAUUAGCAAGAGCAAUGCAGCAGGGCAGGGGACGUGAUCCGGACACUCCACUCAGCCCGGGGGUAGCACAUCUGGAGUGCAGUGUCCAGUUCUGGUCUCCUUGGUACAAAAGAGACAUGGAUCUCCUGGAGAAUGUCCAGGAGAGCAGAAGAAAGAUGAUUAACAGAGUGGAGCACAUUGUUUGUCAACAAAGGCUGAGGGAGCUGGGCCUGUUUGGCCUCGAGAAGAAACAACUAAGUGGCCACCUCAUCAAUAUCUACAAGUACCUGAAGGGAGCAUUCCAAGAGUUGGAUCCAAAUUCUCCUUCACUGUGAUGCCUAGCACUAGGACAAGAAGCAAUGGGCAGAAAAUGGUGCACAGGAAGUUCCACCUGAAUCUGAGGUAAAACCUUUGCAAACUUGUUGGUGACUGUGCACUGGAGCAGAUUGCCCAAAGAAGUGGUGGAGUGUCUCUCUCUGGAGAUCUUCCAGAACCACCUGGAUACAAUCCUGUGCCAUGUGCUCUGGGAUGACUCUUCAUGAGCAGGGAGAUUGGAGCAGUGACCCGCUGAGGUCCCUUCGUAGCUGACCCAUUCUGUGAUUCUGUCCUGCAUGAAACAUACCUGAGCACAGGCCUGCAAAGGGAACUCCAGGUGAUUCCCACCCUGCAGAUGCCCAUGCUAAUGUACAAGCUUCUCAGGACCUAAACACAGGGCCCCCCAUAGCAGCCAUGCCUGUUCAACAUCACUAACUCCUCAAAUACCAUGUCUUCUGCAAGGCUCCCUAUGCACUGCCCUGUCCUCUGCACAGCCCAGGGAACUGGAGAUUUUUUCCAAGGACACAUCAGGCACAGCCUCUUCUCAGCUGAAGUGUUGGUGGUGUUGGACAAAUUUGGGGUUUCAACAAUAUAGUCCACUCCCUUUGCUUUUUUCUCCCACUUUUUUAGAGGAAUCUAGGGUCUUUGCUGAACCUUUUCUAGGCAGCUGGGGAAAUUAAUUCAUUGGGAGACAUUUAGACCUGCAACAGACAAGUUAGGAGCUGGAGGCUUUGCUGGUCUCUUCUGAUGACAGGGCACAUGAGAACAUCUUCACUGCAAAGCCCAUACAUGUCAGCCUUGAGCAGUUGGAUCACUUGGUGUUUUGCAUGGGUCAGCCUUACACUGCUGUGCAUUGGUGGGUUCAGAAGAGAGCACGAAUGUGCAGAGUCUGUGUUUGACCUCUGGAUCCAGACUUGGUGCACAGAAGCCAGGAGUGUCUCUUCCUGCCUACAGGGAUUUCCCUCUGCCUUGGGCAGGUGAACAAGGCUGCGUGCAAAAAAGAAGAUAUGAUUGUCCUCAGUUUUGUCCAUUUGUGUCCUGGUGCUGUUUUGCAGAGUGCUGCAAUAAAGAGGCAAGGAGAGUAUCUGUUCUUUUGUGAUAUGGAGAAGGUCAGUCUGUAGCAGCACAUCUUCUGGGGGUACACCCUUCUCCUCAGAAAUGUCUCUGACCUGCAAUGCCUCAAGAGGCAGUCGCAGUGCAGAGCCAAAACCAUCCUGUUCUCUCCCUGAGAUCCCCCUUUGGAGUUAGAGAAGAACAGGUACAGAACUAUUCUCUGUCAUGCUCCAAGAGAGCCCAGGUUGGCAGGUCAGCAGCUUUUCCCAUACCUGGACAACAUGUCAGGCCUGACUGGGAUAAGCAGAAAUUCCACAUUGCAGCUUGCACAGUUGGGAAUCUCUGAGUGUGAGGGUGGCUAGAGAGGAUACAAGCACUGGGACACAAACACGAAUAUGCACUCCAGAGAUCUCCUUCUCUUCCCAUAAUUUUCAGCCAUUUUGUGCAUUCCUGUGCACGCACACAGGCUGCCUCACAGCCCCAUCCUGCUGGAUGACAGCACUGAACUCUGCCACCUACUGAACCGCCGCCUACUCAUACUCACCCAUGCUCACCCACAGCAGGAAGUCAGAGGAGCAGAGUGCAAGCACCUCAUGACUGCCUGCAGGUGUCAUUCCCCACCGUUCUGGGACAGCCAACUGCCUUGUGACAUUUCAGACUCCCUCUCACUCCCCUGCCCACCCACAGAGAGACGUAGCUCUUCCUCUCCAUCUCUCCUCUUUACACAUUUCUUUGUCUGUGCUGUGUUCAGGGGCAGCUUGCUGCAAGGAGGGGGCCUUGCUCUAUGGAUUUCCACCGGUUCCUUGUGGCCACCCUGCUCCCUGUGGGUAAGUGGCCUUCCCUUCCUGUUGAGCAGCUGCACUGGAGCUGCUGCUGCCUCCUCAGCUGUGCUGUCAAGUGCUGGCAGUGCCCUUCCCCAAGGCUUCCAGAGGGAGGAUGGGCAAUGAACCAGGUGAGCUUUUCCACCUCCUAUUGUAGCAGAAAGCUCUGCAAAGCUGCAAGUUUGUUUUUUUCCUGUCCCAUUUUAGUACUUCACUUGAGAGUAUUAAAACUUCAUUCCUUCUCAAAACAGAUUUUCUGUAGCAUUUGAAAAUGUUUUGUUUGGGGCUUUUUGAUCAUAUGUGUCUUUAUCAGAGAAGCAGGGCACUGUCCCCAAGCUUUCUGAUAUCCUGGUGCCAUUCCAUCCCAUGACAUACUUCAAGGAUGUGUAUUUGGAUGUGUAUUUUUUAUCUCUUCAAUGCAUUUCACUCCUCACAUUCCAUCUCCUGUC